AUGCCGAGGGAGAGGAGGGAGAGGGAUGCAAAGGAACGGGACACCAUGAAGGAGGAAAGUGGCACAGAUGUCUCUGUUCGCUCCAGGAAAAGGAAGGCAAAUGUGGCUGUUUUUUUGCAGGAUCCAGAUGAAGAAAUUGCAACACUUGACAGGACUGUGAGAAGCCAGUGCAGCAGUCAGCCUUGGGACGGUAAUUCUGUGUGUGAAAACCCCUGCUCCUUGAUUCCCACACCGGACAAAGAAGAGGAUGAGCCAGCAUACCCAAGUUCCACGUGUGGACCGCAGAGUUUCAUGCCCUCCAGAGCCUCACCACUGCCUAUACUGAACUGGGCAAAUAGAGAUGAGGUCUGGAAAAUUAUGCUAAACAAGGAAAAGACAUACUUAAGGGAUAAGCACUUUAUGCAGCGGCACCCUCUCCUGCAGCCUAAGAUGCGAGCAAUUCUUCUGGAUUGGUUAAUGGAGGUGUGCGAAGUCUAUAAACUUCACAGAGAGACAUUUUACUUGGCACAGGAUUUCUUUGAUCGGUAUAUGGCAACACAACAAAAUAUUGUUAAAACACUUUUACAGCUUAUUGGGAUUUCAUCUUUAUUUAUUGCUGCCAAACUUGAGGAAAUCUAUCCUCCAAAGCUACACCAGUUUGCUUAUGUUACAGAUGGGGCUUGUUCAGGAGAGGAAAUUCUUAGCAUGGAAUUAAUUAUUAUGAAGGCCCUUAAGUGGCACUUAAGUCCCCUGACCAUUGUGUCCUGGCUGAAUGUAUAUAUGCAGGUUGCAUAUCUAAAUGACUUAUAUGAAGUGCUCCUGCCACAGUAUCCCCAGCAAAUCUUCAUACAGAUCGCAGAGCUUUUAGAUCUUUGUGUCCUGGAUGUUGGCUGCUUAGAAUUUCCCUAUGGUGUACUUGCUGCUUCUGCCUUGUAUCAUUUCUCUUCCUCUGAAUUGAUGCAAAAGGUUUCAGGGUAUCAGUGGUGUGAUAUAGAGAAGUGUGUCAAGUGGAUGGUUCCAUUUGCCAUGGUUAUAAGGGAGACUGGGAGCUCAAAACUUAAGCACUUCAGGGGAGUUCCUGCUGAAGAUGCGCACAACAUCCAGACCCACAUAAACAGCUUGGAUUUGCUGGACAAAGCCCAAGCAAAGAAAGCCAUAUUGUCUGAACAAAAUAGGAUUUCUCCUCUCCCCACUGGGGUCCUCACUCCCCCACAGAGCAGUAAGAAGCAGAGCAGUGAGCAGGGGACCGCGUGACCACACCAGCAUCCUCCACCAAAGACAGUUGUGCAGAAGUGCCCGCUCCAAGUUCCCUGCUGCAUACUGGGGCGGAGGUGCGCAUUAGCUUUUACAGAUAUUUCAAUGGAAGAGCAUGUCUCUUCUGCAACCGAAGUGUUUCUGUGGAUGGCAUUGGACAGGGACAAGUGUUUUUUAUUGAAUGCUUAGAUUUUUUGAAAUAAGUGGGUCAAGUACACCAGCCACCUCCAGAACACCAAUGAGUGCUCCAGAUGCUGCUAAGGAGGGUGAUACUUGACUUGAUUGACUGUUCACACACGGAACAAAGGCUUGAAGUUGCAGAGUGCCACGUUGCUGUGGGCUCCCCUCGGGUGUGCUGGGUUGUGUCGUAUUGAGGGGAACAGGUGGUUGUGAGCAUUGUGAUGUUGGAGCCCACAACCAGCUGUGCUGGGGGCCUGCCCUUUUCACACUAUCAGUUGACAAUGUACAAUGCCUUUUAUGAACUGUUAUUUUGUACGUGCUGCUAUGUCUAUCCGUUUUUUUAAUAAAGGUAACACUGUCUUUGAGACAGCU